UAAGCACGUUUUUUUUGCGAUACAGCGAUGAACACUUCUAGGAAAUGUUGUAUAAAAUUUUGCAUCCUUCCCAAGCUAUUUCGCCCGUUUAAAAGGUCAAAUCAUAGAUUUUACGUUCCCACAUGCGAAAGGUCAGAUAAAGAAAUCGUAAAAGUUGCGCAGGAUCUCGACGAUCACAUCGCAAAUAGUCGAAAUUUAUUUGUCAUAACUGGUGCCGGCAUUUCUACUGAAUCUGGAAUACGAGAUUACCGAUCAGAAGAUGUUGGUCUCUACGCCAUAAGUGACAGUCGACCAAUUCAGUACACCGAUUUUAUUAACAGCGCUGCAAAUAGGAAGAGGUAUUGGGCAAGAAAUUAUGUUGGAUGGCCGGAGUUUUCUACUAGAGAGCCUAAUGGAGGCCAUUUUGCUCUUGCACAGCUCGAAAAACUGGGGAAAGUUCAUUGGCUCGUAACGCAAAAUGUCGACGCUCUCCACACCAAAGCUGGUUCUCAAAGGGUAUCAGAGCUUCAUGGCUGUUCACACAGGGUGGUUUGUCUAGGAUGCAAACAGCAAACCUCUCGACAUGAUCUUCAACACAGAAUGAAAGAGCUUAAUCCUACUUGGGAGGCCGUUACAGAAAGUCAUGCCCCAGAUGGCGAUACAUUCCUCACAGAUGAAGAAGUGAGCGACUUCACAGUCCCUACCUGUCUCAACUGUGGUGGAAUCUUGAAGCCUCAAGUGGUGUUCUUUGGAGAUUCAGUUCCUAAAGAGACCGUGUCUUUUAUUCAUGAACGAUUGCUUGAAUCAGAUUCAGUUUUAAUAGUAGGUUCUUCAGUUGAAGUGUAUUCAUCAUAUCGUUUUGUUCAUACCGCCUGGCAGCAGAACAAGCCAAUAGCUAUUUUGAACAUUGGUCCAACAAGAGCUGAUAAAUUAGCCUCAAUUAAAAUGUCAGCCACUGUGGGUGAUGUGUUACCAAGACUAAAAAUCUUAUCAGCUGCUACUGGUAUUAACCAUGCAAGAAAACUGUGAAGCAUGGCAAUAUAUUAUAUGGGUGUAACAAGGCAUGGUCAAAUUCUAGUUAACCUUUUACAUGCAUCUAGAUAUCUCCUGAAUAUUAUUUCCUCUAAUAUUAAUUGCCCAAGUAUGUAGGCUUGUUUCCCAGCUGCUGUUAGUGGCAGAAAUUGAGCCUACCCAGGAUGCAGCUUGGCUCA